AUCGUAAUCAGAAUGAGUAGCUAAGGAAAAGUUCUUUCGAUAACGUCGACCUAGUUGGAUCUCUGGUCUUUUUAUCCCGUUUAUUCAAAAAGUUGCCUUCUUUUCGUUAUUCAUCAUCAUGGCUCACGUUCACAAACUUGUACUCAAACGACAGACAGUACCAAUUUCAACGAUACAACGCAUAAUUAAAAAUAAUGUGAACCAACGUCGUGAAGUUUCUACAAGCCAAGGACUAUGGGCGGCAAAAACGCAUGAUGAGAACACGAGUAGCCCGGUUCCGGUUGCUGAAGUCAAAAGGUAUGCAACAGAUUGCAUGGUGAGUGUAGGUGUAAAAGAAGAUCAUGCUUCUGCUUUAGCUGAUGUUCUUGUAGCAGCUGAUUACAGAGGUCAUUAUUCUCACGGGUUGAAUCGUCUAGAGAUGUAUGUCCAAGACAUCAAAAGUAAAAUAUGUGAUGGGAAUGCAGUUCCAACAAUUUUGAAAGAUAAAUAUUCAACAGCCCUUGUAAACGGGCAAAACAGUCUUGGUCCUGUUGUUGGAAAUUUUUGUAUGAAUUUGGCAAUUGAAAAGGCAAAAAAGCAUGGAGUUGGAUGGGUAGUUGCAAAUAAUUCCAAUCACUAUGGUAUAGCUGGCUGGUAUAGUAUAUUGGCAGCAAACCAAGGCCUCUUGGGACUGUCUUUUACCAGCACAUCGCCUUUAGUGGCUCCGACACGGGCAAAAACGGCAGCCCUUGGAACCAACCCUAUUACAUUGGCGGCACCAGCACUCAAUGGGGACCAAUUCGUUCUCGAUAUGGCUACUUGUACUGUUGCUGUUGGAAAGAUCGAGUUGCAACGAAGAAAAGGCCUACCGAUCCCAGAGGGAUGGGCUAUCGACACAGAUGGAAAGAUUACAACGAGCGCAGAUGUGGCGAUGAAAGGUUGCCUAAUGCCACUAGGAGGAGCAGAGGAAACGUCUGGUUACAAGGGGUACGGAUUGGCAACUUUGGUUGAAAUCUUCUGUGGAAUCUCUGCAGGGGCUACUUAUGGACCUAACAUUAGAAGAUGGAUGGACACUAAGCGUAAAGCUGAUUUAGGUCAAUGUUUCAUUGCCGUCGACCCAGAAUGCUUUGCUUCUGGUUUUCAGACAAGAAUGUCAGAUCUGAUGUCCCACCUUCGUCAUAUGGAGCCGGCUGAUCCCACCAAGCCUAUCUUAGUAGCUGGCGAUCCUGAACGUGCUCAUAUUGCGCUGGUAGAUGCUGAAGGAGGAAUUCGAUAUCACGUGAAUCAAAUUAAUGCUUCGGCCGCUCUUGCUGGAAAACUCAAAGUGAAACCGAUGAAACACAUCUCAUAGCCUUCCAGUGACUCCCAACAGGCAGAUAGAUAAAUAAGGCGAUAUGAAUACGGUGACAUAGCUAAGUUAAAAUUUUUAAAGAAUUAUCAAUGUUAUGGUAGCUCAUUUAAUUCACUUGAGUAUUUUAUGUUAAACAGUGGUCCCGCUCUUU